AUGGAUUUUUUUAAACCUCUUGAAGCAAAAAAAGAUAUAACAAUUCUAAAUAAAAAUGAUUUAGUUAAUAUACGAUAUGGAGGUGAUGAAUUAAGUUCCUAUAUUCAACUUCGUCUAAUAAUUCAAGAAAAAAAAACUCACGCUGAUAAUGAAAUUCUCGGGAAUCUCGCUUUUAUAAAAAUCAACACGGAUUCAUUAUAUAUUUUAGAACCAGAUGAUUACAUAAUAUUGCGAAUUACAAAAACUUAUGAUGAAUUCACCAUAGCAUCACAAGAACCUGAGAUACUGUCUCUGAAGUUGGGUGAAAGUGCAUUUAUUCACGGAUUGCUUGUAGGAACUAAAUUAAGUAUUGAGUUGUUGCCUUUCAUGCCUUAUAAAACAACAACUGGUUUUUCAUGGAUUUACUCUCAUCUAGCAUUAUUUUACCCAAUUACACCUCCUUUGCGCUAUUUUGACCCUGAUUUUCCGUUUGUUUCGACAUUGCGAGCUUUUAUGACAGGACAAGAAACAGAUCUAAGGAAAAUAUCAGAUAUUUUCUUCAAAUUUCAACUAAAGAACUAUCCAAGCGAAUUAUUUCAACCUAAAAAAUUCUUUCGAGACGAAGGACCUCAUUACAACGAGAUUGAGUUCGAUGAAGGCUUCUUAGACAAGUGGAUGGAAUGCUUUUCAAGAGAAACUGGCUUUUCUUAUACAAUUAUUUACGGAAUUCCUUUUGUUGAUUAUUCAAAGGACAAAGUAGAGAGUGGAUUAGAAAGUGUUAAAUCUGAUAUUAUUUGCUUCCGUGCUGAUAUUACAUUUACCCAAAAAGUUCCACAAAAUAUCUUUCAUAUCAAAUCAGUUCCUUAUUAUUUAGUUUCAUCAACAUUUUCGCAAGGUAUAAACGUUGGAGCUCAGAUUGUUUAUCCUUGCGGCAAUUUAACUCAAAUUGUUCAUAUUGUUGAUCAAUUUAUGCUUUUGAACACGAGUUACUUCCUUCCUGUCAUCAGAAAGUUUGCUCUUCAGCCAAGAAAGAUUCCUUUGACCUUCAUUUACGUUUCUGCAAAACUUUUUAAUAGAAUUAAUGUUUUUCACAUCCAAUCUCCUUUCUAUUGUUUGAAUAAUAAUUCAAAUACUUCAGUGAAUGAAACUAAUAAGGAAAAUCCAGAAAAUUCUGAAUCAAAAACCGACUCGAAAAGUGACAAAAAUUCUGAAUCGAAAAGUGAUAAUAAAAGUGACGAAAAUACUGAUGAUCCAAAGAUAGAGUUGUUUUAUCCAGAGGAAGCCUAUAUGCCUGCAAUUCCUUCUUUUUAUCCCGUUGGUAAAAAUCCGAAAAGUAUUUUUGUUCCAAAAUCUGUCAUUUCUGGAUCUUUCCAAAUUAUUUAUGCCGAAGAUUGGAAGGGUGAGUUCACGCCUGUUAUAGUUACAGAGAAUACUCCGUCUGGAAUUAAAAAAAAUGCAUUGCCACAGUUUAAAUGGUAUCAAGUUAUUUCCAAAGUUUUGGAAGAAAAAGUUGAUUCAGAAAAGGAGAAUAUAUUUAACAAAGAAGGUAAAAAAGAGUUUCCUAAUAUGGAGUAUAAAGAUUUCAAGAAGAUUAUCGGUGUUAAUAUUGAUUCUCCAGAAAGCAACAAAGAAAUCUUAGAGCGUUUUUGUACAAGAAAUUACAGAUUGGUUAAGAUUUUUAACAAACAAAUAACAAAAAUUUUCUGUGAAACAGAUGAACAGAUUCCGAUGCCGAUCAACGGUCUUGCUCUUGUUAGAAUUCAUCAAGUGAAGUACAAAGCAACACAAACAAACUACCUUAAUGAAGAUUUAACAAUUGUUAACUUUAUAAAGAAGAAACCGUUUGGAAACCCUCACAUUGUAGAAAAUGUAAGACAAUCAAUGGUUUAUAAGCUUGAUCAUAGAAACCUUGAUUCCCGACAGAAAAAAUUGGAUAUUUCAUGUGAAAAUACUAAUAUAGACCCUGAUGUAAUGAUUAAUAAUGCAACAUCACUUGUGAUUAUACCUAAUGUUGAAUCAAAGCCAACUCCGACGCAAAUUAUUGCUCAAUAA